GACGUCGUGCUGGACUAUCGAGAGAAGGGAGCUGUGGGCACCCUACGGGAUGCAACCCUUGAUGCUGCUGAUCUAGUAGCAGACGGCUUGGAGACAGCAGCUGGAUGGAUGCGAGACAUGUUGGCUGGUAGUGCUCCUCCUCCGCCACCUCCUCGUGCUCUAACUGGAGGCUCGGCUAACAUAACUCUACCACCCAACAUGGCAAUAUGCGACCAGCAGCCUAUAACUUCAACUGGUGGCUUCUUGGAGCAGUACAGGCAGCAAAACGGUCGUCAAUUCGCGUCGGUUUUGGAACAUGGGGGUGCCGAGGAUUCCGAUGAUGAAUCGUCGUCAUCAUCGCCUAGUAGUGAAGGCCUCAGAGUACUGGGCCCUGGCAUCGAUAUAAUGGUUGAUGGACGAGGUGCUGCCACAGUUAUAUCUGUAGAUCGUACGCUUAAUCCUCCCCUCAUCGUUGUACGGUUGGCUAAGGAUGGUUCUAGAGUGGUAGUGGACGAAGAGAAGUGCCAUAUUGUGGACAGUAAAGACGAUGAUGCUAAUAUAGGACAGACUGAGGACUUACUUGAUGUUGGUGCUGAUGAUAAGACUACUGAAGGUGUUGUUGAUCUCGGUGAUGGUUUCAAGGCGAUUCCCAUAGUGGGAUCUACUCCCGUUAGUAAGGUAGUGAAGAACCCUGAUACUACUACCAGCAGUAAGGAGGGCGAUGAUAAUGAUAUGGGGGCCAGUGAAGUGAAUACUCCGGGUAAUACGGAUGUAACUACUGGUAACAACGAUCUACUUGGGUUGCAUGACACCCGUGAUGAACUAUUUCAAGACCCUGCCCUGAAUAUGUCUCUAAGAAAGGCAGAGGGUAAUAUUUAA